AUGCUCCACCCACCAUGCCCUCGCUGCCACUCACCAUGCGCCAUCCCCCCAUACUCGUUCGCCCAUCCUCCCCUCCCACUUGCUUACCAUCAUGCUGCCAUUUUUCCGCCGCCACAGUCGCAUUUAACCAAGUCAGCCACACUCAACGCCACUCCCAUGCCAUCCGUCCGCAUGCCUCCUCGCCUCCUGCGCCGCUGCCGCCACUGUCGCUCCUCUGCUGCCCUCUCACCAGUGGUGAGAGCAGCAGAAGUGGUGGGGAACAGCCCCCUCCCCUCCCCACCACAUGGCCCCACUGUGCCACGCGGGGAACUGUCCUCCGCCCUGAACCGCUGUCAGUGGAGACAGGGGCAGGGAAGAGAGGUAGGUGGGAAGAGAGGUAGGUGGGCAGCAGAUGGAAGGUGUGGUGAUCAGGAAAUGGCAGCAGGAGAUGGCAUAGCUUGUAACGGCCAUCGCGAUCCGCGCUUCAACCCCGACCCUCCGCGCUCAGCCCCGCGCCAGCGCACGUUCCCCCCGCCCCUUCGCGUUCCCCUCACCACCUUCCGUCUGCAGCACUCGCCGCCUCCCCCCCGCUCGCGAAAAACCCGUGCUGAUGGCUAG